UUGGAAACCCCUUUCACCACGGGCGCAAUCCAGCAAGAUGCCCGCUUCUGGCGCGAGUACAUCGCUUCUCGCCCGUCUCCCUCUGAGGACUUUUUCCAUGUAAUUCAGGAGUACCACUCCAGCCACGGUGAUCCCACCACGGCCCUUGCCCACGAUGGAACGCCGGGCUUCGCCUUCCACCAGCGCGCGGCCGAGGCGCUGGUCAGCCAGCUCGACAACAUCGCGCUGCCGUCGCGGGAGUGGGAGCACGUCGUCCGGUACAAGUGGAACCCGGACGUGCCGCUGCUGUUCAACAGCAAGGACGGCUAUGACUUUGACUUUGAGCCCGUUGACCGGCGGGAGAGUGGCGAGGUCACGAACGAGAUCCACGACCGCACCUGGUGGCAGGACGAGUGGGAUGCCGAUCGCAUCAAGGCGUACUUGGAUUCGGUGUAUCCGAGCUACAUUGACAAGGCGGGAAGCCGGUAUGCCGAGAUUGAGCAGGGAAUCGAGGAGUUCAGGGAAGCGCUGAAGGGCUUUGGAGGGAAAGCAACCGUGAGCUUCCCGGUCGUGUUGAUUCUGGCCACCAAGAAAUGA